UUUUCUGGAUUUACUGUCAUUUUUUGUUGACAACCAUCUGUUUCCGGGUAUUUGCAUUGAAAGUUUCUUUUUCUGUGGCUCCGUCAAACGAACAGUACGCGGAUUGAACCACGGUCGGUGUUAAUUAAAUUUUGGGGAAAAUGGGUUUCGUUAAGAUUAUCAAGAACAAGCAGUACUUCAAGCGUUACCAGGUCAAAUUCAAGAGGCGUCGUGAGGGUAAAACCGAUUACUAUGCUCGGAAACGUUUGAUUUUCCAAGACAAGAACAAGUACAACACACCAAAAUAUCGUUUGAUUGUACGUCUCAGCAACAAAGACAUUACAUGCCAGAUUGCAUACUCUCGCAUUGAAGGAGACCAUGUCUGUUGCGCUGCAUAUUCGCACGAAUUGCCGAAGUACGGUGUUAAGGUUGGUUUGACAAACUAUGCAGCCGCUUACUGUACCGGUCUAUUGGUCGCUCGUCGAAUCCUCCAAAAACUUGGAUUGGAUUCAUUGUACAGUGGCUGUACCGAAGUAACUGGUGCUGAAUACAAUGUUGAACCAGCUGAAGGCCAACCGAACGCAUUCCGUUGUUAUUUGGAUGUCGGUCUCAGUCGUACCACAACCGGUGCCAGAGUUUUCGGAGCAAUGAAAGGUGCCGUUGACGGUGGCCUCAAUAUUCCACAUUCGGUGAAACGUUUCCCGGGAUACAGUGCCGAGACGAAAUCGUUCAACGCUGAAGUACAUCGUUCCCACAUUUUCGGUCAACACGUUGCCGAAUACAUGAAAACUUUGGAAGAGGAAGAUAACGAGGCAUUCAAGCGUCAAUUCAGCAAGUACAUCGCGCUUGGAAUUCGUGCCGAUGACCUUGAACCAACCUACAAGAAAGCGCAUGCUGCCAUCCGUGCCGAUCCAUCUCAUCAAAAAUCGAAGAAAGCCGCGCCCGCUACCGCCAAGAGAUGGAACAAAGCUAAGCUCACUUUGGAACAACGUAAGCAGUACGUUAGCGAACGAAAGGCUGCCUUCUUGGCCAAGCUUAAAGCCGAAGCUGAUGCAUAAAAUGGUGGCGAUUUUGAGAAUCGUUGAAUUUUCCAUUUUCUUUUGUUUGUAAAAAACCAACAACCUUUAUAACAAGAACAUGAAUAUGGAAAUAUUUAAAGAUUUAACGAAAAAUUGAAACAAAAGAUUUUUUUUAAUAUUUAAUGAGAGAAGAAUUGGUAAACGAAAUGGUGUGUCUGAAGUGGAGAAGUGUGUGGCAUGAAUUUUUUAAGUACCAUCCUCAAUGAGUUAAGAUUUCGUGUUCUCUGAUGAAAACCGAAAAUUCUUUGAUAUUCGAUUUGAG